CCCAAGUCAGAACAAGUUAGUAAAUGUAGUCCAGAUCGAAUAGAAUAAAGGUAAAAGUCUACAGCCAGUUUCAAGCCACCGGUCGUCUGCGAACCACCGCCCCUCAAUCUAUCUCCCGCAUACGAUUAGACAAGUACGGCGGCAUCCAGCACGAAACAUGACACCUCUUGCACCAAACACGAGACAGAUAGAAGAGGAGAUAUCUCACCUUCGAAUGCAACUUGGCUCGCUCUCAACGCGUUCAGCCAUUGUUCAGGCAAGCGACUAUCUCUCAAGUUGCGGCAUAUCAGCAGAUGAUUAUGCUAGACAUGAAUCCAUGCGAACAAUCAUCCAGGGUCAACCAGAUGCUGAGCUUCUUUGGCGAGAGAUCGAGAUAUUCAGGAUGAUAGAUAAAACGUCAAAAUUCUUUUUCGGCGAUGUCGAUAUCGGUCUACCAACAAUAUGUGAGCUGCAAUGGGCUAUUCAAACUUGGUCUCAUUUUGUUCUUGCUGGCGGUCUCGAUGUGAUCUUUGCUAAACACGCAAAAAUCGAGGUGAUGAGCGAGAGAGGUGCGUCGCCUGCAUCUAUCUUCCGCCGGUAUCUCUCAACUUACCAAGCUGAACUCGAGUUUGAAUCCUGGGACGAGGAACUGAUGAACGCUUUUCGUCUCAAAGUCUUUCAGCUUGACCAAGACCUUCGAAGGACAAAACGCGAGAUCGUGCUCCAUAAGAAGCGCCACCAACAGCCAUCUUCAGCCGAUCAUUCUAUGGACAAAAUCACCACUGAGACAAUCUCUGUGACCCGGAAUGACCAUUUGGAGACAGAAUCACCAACAGAUCGGGUUUUACGUGCUUCAAAACGCAGGAAACUCAGCACCGAUAACAUCACCAAUGAGAACGAGAGGCUAAAGACAGAACCUCUUAUUAAGCAGGAAGGCAAUGACUUGAGCGAGAUUUUCUACGACGCUUCCCCACCACCAUCGUUUCAGCGAACUUCAAUGGCCCCUUCCUCAGAAUUGUCCGUUCAGUCUGCCAGCAACACCGCUCGUGCAAGCAGCGACGUUCCACCUCGGGAUGAGAGAACACCCCCGCUACAGCAGAUCUCUGCAUCGCAACCCGAAAGUUAUCUCGAACAAUCCGUCAAUGCAAAUAUCCGAAGACUUCAAAUACAUCUCGCAGACUGUACAGAGCGGCAAGAGUCGGCAUCAGAAUCAGCGAAUGUUUCUUUAGGUAAACUGAUUACUGCUAUUGAGAAAAAUAAUGUGCUUGAUAAAGACACAACUGCUCGGCUGAAGAUUUUGAUCGAGGAUUUCGAGGAAGAAUUCGAGCAUUGGAACUUGUCCGUUAUCAAAGAACAGACUUCCACAUUGCGUGUAUUCAUGGAUUCCACUCACACAACUAUGCUGGAGCUAUUUGGAUUCUGGACUGCUGCUACGGAGUCUUUUGAGAAGUACGUUGGCGUCUUGGUAGAAAAGGAGAAGUGGGAGAAGAAGAUCGAAAUUGCCGAGCUUGUUGCCACUGCAUUUGGAGAUGACUGAUUCAUUGAUCUGUACGAUGAGAUGGAUAUCAACAGAUGGUUGCGAAGUUGAAUGUUAUGUCCGAUUUUGUGUAAACACCGAAUAAAAACGAUAUUCGGGACUGAAAGGAAUUACUCAUCCAUGGAUGACAUAGUCAAAAGGCAAU